UUGUUUCUUACAAGGGUGCGUCUUGGCUUAUUCGAGCGUGACUUGGCACAUAGAUUUAGUGUUUCUGUAAGUACCGUGACUGAUGUCUUUAUUACUUGGGCAAACUACCUUUACGUAAUGUUGGGAAGUUUGCCUUUAUGGCCUUCAAGAGACAAAAUAAAACAACACUUGCCAGAUUCUUUUAAAGGAAGGUAUGAAAACGUACGUGGAAUUCUUGAUUGCACAGAGUUGAAACGUGAGUUGCCCAAGGAUUAUCAGAAGCACUCAGAAAUGUAC